CCCAAAACAUCCCGCACACACACCACACACACGCGCGCGCGCACACCUCUCGCUCUCUCUCUCUCUGCCAAGCACAAACCCCUCGCAACCUCGUGCGCGCUUUUCUUUUCAUUUAUUUCCUCCCCGCCUCGCCGUCGUACUGCCGCGUGCGCCGAUUUUUUGUUUUUAAUAUUUGGUUUACCGCAAGCGGCAGCAAUCGCGUUCGUUUCGCGGGGGACGCAAUUCUUGAAGGUCACCACCGGUUAAACGACUCUGUGCGGCUCGGGUAGGGGCGACGCGCGGCCGAGGUACUUGGGAGAGCGAGGGCGAUGGGAACGGGAAGCUCGAGAGCCCACGGAGACGGAGGGACCUUCCGCCCGACGUGAACGUCGUUCUCCGCAUCGCUGGCGAUAGUGGUCGGGGGGAGGGGAUUGCGCCUCCAACGCAAAGCGCGGAAUAUUUUUUGUUUUGUUUUGCGGACGUGAACGGAGAGGACGAAAGCUCUGCUGGCCGGGCGAGCAACGGUGUGGGGGGGAAUUCAUCUCCGUCGAAGGCCGGAGAGGCGAAAACAAGAGGUCGAUGAUGACAUUUGUUGGCGCUUGGCCUCUGCGGAUUACGUCCCAGCGUCGCGAGCCGGACGUUUAAUUCCACGUGCGCACAAGCCUGCGAGAUUCUGAAAAUGGCUUCUCCGUGAUCAUCGACCGGCGGAGAGAUCGCUGGGCGGCCGUGAAGGCGGCGCUCACUCGCAUUGCGACAUUCUUCCCCGCCGAUCUGCGCCUCGUGCUGGUGCUGAGGCCAGCUGCGUUCCUCCAGAGGCACAUCACGGAGCUGGGUGUGCGGCUGAGUCGUGAUGACUUUAAAAUGAAGGUACCGCUCAUCAUGCUCAACUCGGUGUCAGAUCUGUGCGAUUACAUCGACAGCGAGGAGCUGAGUGCGGAGCUGGGCGGCACGCGCGAGUACUCUCACAGGCGCUGGGUUCAGCAGCGAACGGCGAUCGAGGACUUUGCUCUCACGGUGAAGGCCACUGCUCAGCUGCUGCAAACGUUUGGCGCCGACCUGGCCGAGAUGGAGUUGCCCCAGGAUGUGCCGAGCACUCGGGCCCUGCUGGGCGGCCACGCCGGAAAACGCUGCCAGCUCAAGGAGGAGAUGCAGAUGGCUGUGGAGGAGGGCAACGGCCUCAUGGCCUCGAUCGAGGACUGCAGCGACAGCGACUCGAGCGGAGACUCCGACUCGGAGCGCGCGGAGAACAUCUCCACCGUGCAGAGGCUGCUGACCCAGCUGUACGAGACGGAGGCUGCCUUCGAUGAGUUCUGGGAGAAGCAUCACCUGAAACUGCAGCAGUGCCUGGACAUCAGGCACUUCCAGGAGGAAUUCACCGAGGUGGCAGUGGCGCUGGGCGAGCUCACGCACCGACUGGCCGAGGUGCCCGACCUGGCCGAGAGUCGCUCGCACGCCGAGAGAGUCCUCCGGGAGCUCGCGUCGCUGCAGCAGCGCGGCCAGGAGUGGCUGGGCAAGGCGGCUACGCUCGCCUCGCGAGGGGAGGAGCUCAUCGAGGCGGACAACCUCUUCGCGGAGGACGCCCUCGCGCUGCCCUGCCAGGAGCUGCAGCGCCUCUCGCUGGAGUUCACCGAGGGUCACGAGCGCAAGAGCCGCUCGCUCGGCCUCUCGCUCGAGCUGGAGAAGAGGCUCGAGAAGGCGAUGGCGUGGUGCGAGCGGGGGGUGUACCUCCUCGCCUCGCAGCCCGUGGACCGCUGCCAGUCCCAGGAAGGGGCCGAGGCGGCCCUAGCCGAGAUCCACGCCUUCCUCGAGUCGUCGCACGAACACCAGCUGGGCGACACGUCGCCCUUCGACGCCAUCCUGACCUCCGACCUCUCCGAGCGCGUGGAGGUGCUCCACCGGAAGGUGACGGAGGUGAGGGACAUGUUCGAGAAGCGUCGUCAGGGCCUGCGCAAGCUCGCUGCCAAGCAGGCGCGGCCGGUGCAGCACGUGGCGCCGCGGCCAGAGUCACCGCGGCACUCGCCCAAGAGCUCGCAGGGUGCCGUGAGGAGAGGGGUGGACAAGCAGGCGUGCGCUGAGACGGACCCGGCCAAAAAGAAAGGUCUCAAAAAGAUGAAAAGCACACCAAAGAUCGAGGUGGUGCACGACGAGAGCCAGGGCGGCUCGCCGAUGGCGGUGGCGGGCGGCGACAGCGAGGAGAACACCGUGACGCGUAGACGGCACAUCAUGAACGAGCUCAUGGAAACUGAGAGAGCGUACGUGGAAGAGCUUCUCUGCAUAAUAGAGGGCUACGCGAACCAGUUCGGGAGCCCAGAGCUGGAGUCGCUCAUCCCGGCCCAGCUGCGACACAAGACGGAGGCCCUUUUCGGCAACCUGCCGGAAAUCUACUCCUUCCACAACAGCGUGUUCUUGCGCGAGCUGGAAGCGUACGUUGACCAACCGGAGCUCAUCGGAAGGUGCUUCCUUCAAAGAAAAGAAGACUUCCAGAUUUACGAGAAGUACUGCCAGAACAAGCCCCGCUCGGAGGCCGUGUGGAGGCAGUUCGCCGAUGCCGCUUUCUUCCAGGAGUGUCAGCGCCGCUUGGACCACAAGCUCGCCCUGGACUCGUACCUCCUGAAGCCGGUGCAAAGGAUCACCAAGUACCAGCUCCUGCUCAAGGAGAUGCUCAAGUGCAGCAAGAACUCGGCGGGGACGCAGGAGCUGGAGGAGGCCCUCGCCGGCAUGCUGAGCAUCCUCAAAGCCGUCAACGACUCCAUGCACCAGAUCGCCAUCACGGGCUUCGAGGGAGACGUGCGAGACCUGGGGCGGCUGCUCAUGCAGGGGGCGUUCAGCGUGUGGGCCGAGAGCCGCAAGGGUCACAGCAAGGUGAAGGAGCUGGCUCGCUUCAAGCCCAUGCAGCGCCACCUUUUCCUCUACCCCAAGCUGCUGCUCUUCUGCAAGCGCCGCGAGGAGACUGGGGAGGGGUACGAGAAGGCGCCCUCCUACAGCUUUAAGCACGCCCUGAAGAUGGAUGGAGUGGGCAUCACUGAGGUGUCCAAGGGCGAUCAGAAGAAAUUUGAGGUCAGCUACAAUGGGCGUGAGGAGGUCUACACAAUACAGGCAUCCUCAGUGGAAGUGAAGACCGCUUGGGUGCAUGAGAUUAGAAAGGUCCUGACAAGCCAACUGGAAGCCUGCAAAGAGGCAAGUCAGCUGCAGCAGAGGAUAACGGACAUUUCCUUCCAGUCUCCAAUGAGCACCGGCACACCCAGCAGUCCUCUAAGAAACCAGCGUAAGAGCGGUUGGAGUCGCGGGAAGAGCCACUCGGAGCUUGUGACGAUUCGCAACAGCAACGACGGCAAAAACGCACGCGCCUCGGAUCGCACAGCCCUCGACAACGCAUCCAAGAGAUUCACGAUUCCCAGCGCGCGAGCUCCCAGAGACUCCCAGAUUGACCUGUCCGGUGUGAAUCGCCGCUACUCGGCCGCCCCGGCUCUGGGGUGCUCUCCGAAGCGCCAGCCAUCGGGUAAAGGGCCUCCUGCGAGUCCGGCCAAAGCCAAACGGCACGAGGUGAAGAGCGACCCCACUCCUCUGGGCUACCGAGCCUCGGAGCCGCUGAUGUCCGCACUCGACAAGGCCAAGUGCUUCAGCACCGGGAACCUGUCUCCCACGUCCCACAUCCAGCCAGGGGACUGGCUGCCCAAGCCCGCGCCCACGGUGGACAAUAACGAGGACUACGACGCCGGGUGGUCAAGCGCCGACGAGCUGAUCAACUCGUCCGAGGCCGAGGAUGAGCAGUCCACCUCGCAGUACACGGCUCCAGGGGACUAUGAGGCUCAGACGGCAGAAGAGAUCACCUUGAAGAAGGGGGAAGGCAUCAUUCUGCUGAAGGAGGACAGCGAGGGAUACUGGCUGGUGCGGAGCAGUGUUUCACUCCGGGAAGGCCUCGUUCCCAGUUCUCACUUCAAGUCUCCGGGCGUCGACUCCAAGUCCUGCCAAUCGCUCAGCAGCUCCGGGGAGGGCUUCCCGCACUCCGAUGUAGAUGCCACCACCGCCAUCUAUUGCACGGCGGUUGAUCUUACGGCUCUCGGUCCGAACAGGCAACUGGACAUACGGAAAGAGUCGGCAUCGAGCAACUGAAGCUCGCUCCGCUGGACCUUCGGUGGGUGGGGGGGGGGAGGCGAUGAGGUGUCCAUCUGCUGAAGGAAGGAAAGCAACGCAAAUGUUGUCAAAUGAACGAUGCACAAACUGACCACAGUCUCUAAGAAAGCACUGUCCACGUUUUUUGUACGUCUCUGUUCAUUUCCCUUUUUAACUUCUCCGCUUUUUUCCGCCAAACUCAGGAUGUGAGGCCGGGGUGGGGGAGGGAGGAUGGGGAGUAUCCGAAGAUGAGCGUAGGAGUACUGCAGCGCAGUUUGAAAGAGCGUCUCGCUCCGGUUGAAAGCGUAAUGGUUUUGUUUUGUGUCACCGCCAGUGGCGUGCACGCACACUGAUACGUCAUCACAUUUAGCUGUCCUUCCCCCGCACCUCCGGUUAAGGCGGUUGGCUACGUAUGGUGCGGAAGAAGUUCAACAUCCAUACACACAUUUCAUCUUCUAACAGUUGGGAAACCCGUGGUCUUUCGCUGCAAGCCUGCCUCCUUUUGCUUUCAAGUGGCACUUCUCGUAGGGUUGUGACCUCUGGAGGUACAAAACAACUGGGUCUUAUCGUGUGAAGGGAGAACUACAUCUAACCGACAAAAAAAAAAAACCCAGAGUGUUUAUUAAUGCAUCACGUUCCGGGAAGACUUACAGAUAUUGCAGGACGGCCACUUCAAACAAGAGGAUGGUCCUGGGAAAACCAGGACAGGUGGGCAAGGCUUUCAGGACUCAUCCACCACAAAGUUUGUGGCGGAGGAACAAAUUUGUGCCAAAUGUGUCCCAAGUUUGUGGCGAAGCACCGUUGCAUGCAAUCGAAACGCGUCGGUAACUGAAACUGUUUCCAGGCAUGGAUUUAUGUUAAUAUAUUAAAAAAAAGCGACUAGGCACAAGCACGAGCAGGUUGACUGCCCUGCGCGGGUAUUCGCGGGUGCGCUGUGCGGCUGUCGAAAACAUGGUUGUUUUGGUUCGUGCCGCGCACAUUUCGGUGUGACCGCCCCGACGUGCCGCGAGCUUCUUCGCGCCGCUCCGAUUCGGUUCUUCAGGAAGCUGCCCGGCACGCGCGGCCGAAAUCUCGGCGCAACCCAAAGUGCACAUGGGAGAGCCUGCGCAGCGCAACCGCGAAAACCUUCGGCAGCAGUUUGCCUGUUCGGUGAUUGGUUGGGUUCGUGUCCUGUUUGGGUGCAACCCUAAACGCAUCGGAGAGAUAUUUUACAACAACCUGAAAUCAAAUCACUUUAUCGGUACCGAGGCUCCCACAAGGCCAUGUGCGGGAUGACGCGCGGCACAGUUUGGCGCCGGCUAUCACAGAGUGCGGUCGUGUCGCUGCAGUUCUCUGCGGUGAGUACAACGUCUUCAAAAACAACGGCGCUACGCCUCUCUUAAGUGACACGAACGCUGAACACGCUCGCGCGUUCCAAGAUUCAGCAGUGAAUGGGAUCCCUACCCUGCAACUUGCAGAGAUGUCUCAGAACAGGAAAGGCUUAAAGGGGUCCGUUCCGUUUUUCGACUCCGUUUCAAUGCUGAGCUGUGGUUUUGCACGGCCGAUGCUGUCUGCACCGGAUGAAGUUCCUCGGUUUCUUUGCCCGGUGCUCUGAAUGCGCUCGAUCAGCCUCCACCGCAUCCUUCCUUGGAUUGCGCUGACGAUGGGGGCCAGCCAAGUUGGUGUCCUCGGCUGUUGUCUCUCGGGUGGCUUGUGACUGGAGGCUGUUUUUCACGCGAUGCACGCGGCUCGCUCUCGUUGGUUGCCGAUACCUUUUUUAGUGGAGACCGCGACGGACUUUGUGAGCCACAGCCCAGCAAUGGAAACACCACGAUGCAGGCCUUCACCGUGCGAUGCCACUGCACGGGCCUGUGGUUUCCAUAGCCCGGCGGUGGAAACACCACGAUGCAGGCCUUCACCGUGCGAUGCCGCUGCACGGGCCUGUGGUUUCCAAAGCCCGGCGGUGGAAACACGUGGCGUCCGUUAUAAUGUCACGUAUAUCCGUCACAUGUCGCGUGUUUCAACAUAUCUGCAGUAUGUGAGCAGUUCGGACUGCUCAUACACUGCACUGGGUGUGGACACUUAACGGCAGACAUGUGACUGUCGGAUAUGCAACAUUGCACUGUGUGCAUACAGUAUGCAUGCAUUCCAUGCGGUGUCGUUUGUUCGUCCCAGCUUAGUGGUACACGCUUGUAAGCCAGCGGUUGGGGUUGGGAGGGUUGGUGGAUCGCUCGGAGAUGAACUGGAGGACAGGCAGGAAGCCCCUUUUUUGUGGUGGGAUGGCAACUGGGACAUAAGAUCGUUAGAAGAACAUCACAAUACCGGAAGAGGGGAGAAACUACACGUGACGUCAUGUCUCGAGUGGUGUAUUGUUAUCAUUAUUGUUACACAAAUUACGAAAAGCUGGACUGUUAAUGUCCCCGUAAGACUUUCAGAUUGUGCUGCAUGGUUAUGUCACAGAGAGGAAGAUUUCGUGAAACCAGGAUGGGUCGCAACCCCUUCAGCAGCCUGUAGACAAACCCUUCAGCAGCCUGUAGACAAACCCUACAGAAGCCUGUAGACAAACCCUACAGCAGCCUGUAGACAAACCCUACAGCAGCCUGUAGACAAACCCUACAGCAGCCUGUAGACAAACCCUACAGAAGCCUGUAGACAAGCCCUACAGCAACCUGUAGACAAACCCUACAGCGGCCUGUAGACAAACCCUACAGCGGCCUGUAGACAAACCCUACAGCAGCCUGUAGACAAACCCUACAGCAGCCUGUAGACAAACCCUACAGAAGCCUGUAGACAAACCCUACAGCAGCCUGUAGACAAACCCUACAGCAGCCUGUAGACAAACCCUACAGCAGCUUGUAGACAAACCCUACAGCAACCUGUAGACAAACCCUACAGCAGCCUGUAGACAAACCCUACAGAAGCCUAUAGACAAACCCUACAGCAACCUGUAGACAAACCCUACAGCGGCCUGUAGACAAACCCUACAGCAGCCUGUAGACAAACCCUACAGCAGCCUGUAGACAAACCCUACAGAAGCCUAUAGACAAACCCUUCAGCAGCCUGUAGACAAACCCUACAGCAGCCUGUAGACAAACCCUACAGAAGCCUAUAGACAAACCCUACAGCAGCCUGUAGACAAACCCUACAGAAGCCUGUAGACAAACCCUACAGCGGCCUGUAGACAAACCCUACAGCAGCCUGUAGACAAACCCUACAGCGGCCUGUAGACAAAGCGUUGUUUGUCUCGUCCCUUGGAGGCACGGGCUCUGCCCUAGCACGCGCGGCCACUUGAACGAGCCUUUGCCGGCCGAUGCUGCUGGAGACGAGGCUGGCCCCUGUGUCUCUGUCCGGCGACGAUCGUGUUGGCCCCGCGUCGUAUGAGCCACGCUCAAGCGCCACACGCGCACUGCUGAAGGUGUUCGUUCCAUUUCAUUGCCAUCACUGGCAAACCUCACCACCACCCCCCUCCACUGCUGCAAUCCUCAAAGGUAAUGGGGGUGAACCUUCACGAGACGGUCAACCAUCGGAUAUCCGACCGUCACAUAUCCUCCCAGACGGAAGUAAUCGCCCCCACCCCCCAAGACACACACACACAACCAGCGCAGGAGAAUUUGUGAACGGUGUAACUCGCUUUCUCUGCUCGUUUUCACAAAUUUGACCUUUCUCUUCAAGGACCGUCGCUUCGUUGACGUUCCUUACGAAGGACCGCCGCCGUCUCGUAUUCACCACUUGCGUUGCGCGGCUCUUGAAAUGUUGAGUCUUGUUUUUUUUUUGUCCCACCGAAUUCGAAAUAAAAACGGCCGUCAAUUGUUUUUUUUCUUUUUCCGGUCGCCCACCCGCCUGGCCUAGCGGCGGCUGCGUUUACCACGUGUUGCGGAGGUUCGCAGUUCGAAUCCAGCGGCCGCCCUGAUUAAUACCGCGGGUGGAUUAACCGUAAAUAUAAAUGUGUAUAUAUAUACAUAAAACACGCCGUCUGAUUCACGGUGGACGUUAAAAGAGCCCGUGACGUCGUUGGCAAAGGGGGAGGCCGCUGUGCGCCGGCGUCGCGGCCAAAAUAAAAAUAAAAAUUCCCAGCGAAAUUACUCGAUUAUAAAUUUUGUACUGUACGUAGUACUUGCCAAUCAUCGCCACUCCCCCCCCUCCCUUACUAAGAAAUAUUUGCAGGACCUUCCUGAAAGGAUCAUGAGACUCGGGGGGCAUCCCCACCCCCCCCCCCCCCCUGAGUAAACAUGCACAAUAACAAUGGAUCAAAUAAUACCAAUUAUUAAUCAGACCUACUUGUGAAUGUUCACCGCGAUGUUGCUGGCUCGCUCACUUCAUAUUCAUUUUGAAAUCGCUUCUCGGCGCAGUAUUUAUUCACGACGACGACGAGCCAUGUGAUCUCGAUGACACUGACGGCUGAUCUUUUUCCAGCUGUCUGAGCAGGGACUGGAGUGAGAGAGAGAACCCCGAACCCCCAUAUGCAAUUGACCGCCCCGACGCAACGCUCCUCUGCGUUUCUCUGCGGGACGAGUGUCCCCUUGGUCCAAGCAACAAAAGUGUGGGAAGCUAACUCGAUACGAAACUCGGGAGGGUGCACGUGAGAAUUGGUGUCAGCGGUGUUGCGACCUGCGGUCGAUUUAUUUUCGUACUGCGUUCAUAAAAUCGCGUGAUUACGUUUUUUUGUUUCUGACCGUGCAGAAUGAAAACUCUAAGAAACACAUGUUUGCGAUUAUUGUAUUGUCUGCUCAUUAGCUGUGUAGACUUAUGACAAAUGGUUUGUCUUAAGGCAUAUGAUGAUGAUAAGCGAGUAAGCAUACUUUUUUAUAUGCAGCAAUCUUUGCAUUGCUUUAUUGAUAUUCCAAAAUUUAUAAAACUGUAAUCACUUUUGCAUUGCUCUUAAAAAGAAAAAAAACGACAAAAAUAUAGAACUGUACUUCAUGUUUUAUGAAUUUUGUAUUUAUGUAUUUAUUGAUUUGAAUUAUUUAUUGGCAGUUACAGCUCGUCUCUGUAUAUAUCAUUUGCACGACACUGAACUCACGGAAUUUAUAAACAUGCCAAUGUGAUGAUGGUCACGAA